UGUUCCAUACCCCCCGUGGCAUGUAUGCAUGUCACCACCGUCGUUUUCGGAGGACUCUCCGGUGGAUUUUGUCCGUAUCCGAGGCUUCCGGUGGACGACGUCGGAUCAUCGUCAAAGCUUCUCCGUCCCGCGUCGCCGCGGUAGGCAGCGAACGGGGGGUUGCGGCGGGUGUGAGGGUUUUUCUGCGAAUACCUUUCUUUCUGAGCACGCUUGAUGUUUGGCGGUGAAAGAGAUUCGAGCGCCCCGUGUGAAAAAGAUCCCCAUGGGAGGCUUGAGCAGCCGGGUAUGGGGGAAACAACAGAUGCAGCAGACGGACGCCCGCGCCCUCGUUGCCGUGUUGGUGGCCAUCAUGUCAGUUCAUCAACGGACGAAGGACAGCGGCAGCAAUCAACAUGGAUCAGAGGCGAGAAUACGGUGCGGCACUGGGCCAUUUGGGAGGGCGUUUCCUUCUCUACCUAGACCACAUUACGCUCAGGCAGUAACCGAACCAUGCUCUAAACCGAAAAGGCAUUCAUCAAGUUUUCCUUUCUUCCAUGAGAAUCCCGCCCCCCUGACCUGCUUCCCAUCCACUCCUCUACUCCAUGCUGCCAAAGACUUGUACAAUAAGUUGAGGAAGAAGAAAAAAAAUCCAAAAAGGGUAUAUAUACCAAAAAAACCAGACACGUCGCGCGCUAUUCGCCCUCCCCCCUCUUCCCUUUCUCGUAAAGGCUUCCCGUAUGCCCUCCGUCUAGAAAGAAAACAACGCUUGUAAUACGAUACAAAAUUUAUAACAAAAGUACAAGAAGAAGAAA